UGGAAAAAAACAUUGCUCGGGGAUUCAGAGGAUGUACAGGCCGCGGCGGCGCAACCGCGGCAAAAUAAAGCAAAACCGCCCGACAGACAUUCGCCAGCCCCGGAGGCUCGCCGAACACGCCCGAGGGAGCCUGCGACCAGAAAUCUGCCUCCCAGAUGACACAAGUACAGUGUUGCUUCGUAUUUGGCACUUUCACAAGAAUUAAACAAACAAUCAUCAAAUGUGAAGCAUCGUGAGAAGUCAUAAAAAUGGAUCAAGGUGGAGGGGUCUUGGAGCUUCACUCCCAGGAUUUGAAAAUGCCCCACACAAUGAUAAUGCAAGAUUUCGUUGCAGGGAUCGGGGGCAUGGCACACAUAGACGGUGAGCACAUUGUGGUGUCCGUGCCCGAGGCAGUGUCGGUAUCGGAUGUGGUUACUGAUGAGGGCAUCCUGUUGGAGCAUGGCCUGGAGGCCGAAGUGGUCGAAGGGCCUGACAUUGGCCAUGAAGAUGUUAUCACCGCAGAGGGCGUCAUCAUGUCUGAAUCCAUUUUGGGGGCCGAGGUAGCCAUCGAGGAGGCUCUGGAUGCAGACCAUCAUGUCCUGACUGCUGACUUGAUCGAGGAGACGGUACCUGACCAGGUUUUCGUGGCCGACCUCAUGUCUGCGCAUGAGGACGGUCCUCUGGACCAUGAGCUGGUAUCAGAGGAGGUGAUGGUCACCGAUGCAGAGGCCGUCAUUCAGGCUCAUGAGACCAUGCCUACUAGCGUUACCCUGAAGAACGAGGAUGAUGAUGAGGAUGGCAAGAGCACAUCUGAAGACUACCUCAUGAUCUCAUUGGAUGAUGUGGGAGAGAAGCUGGAUAUCGGUGACACCCCAUUAAAGAUCAGUGCGGAGGUGGGCCAAGAUGACGAUGGAUCCAAGGAGGAUGAGUUUGGUUCUGAGGUCAUCAAAGUGUACAUCUUUAAGGCUGAAGGGGAUGAAGAUGUGGAAAUAGGUGGAACAGAGGUGGUGGCAGAGAGUGAUUUCCCCAAUGGGCAUGCAGUAUUGGAGCCAGCAAGCACGGUCCGAAUACCCAGGGAGAAGAUGGUAUACAUGGCAGUGAAGGACGCCAGCCAAGGAGACGAGGACAUCAAUGUGUCUGAGAUGACUGACCAGGUGUACAUGGAGGUGAUUGUUGGGGAGGAUGAGGCUCCUGCCAUCCAGGAAGCGCAGUUGGAGGAUUCCCCGUCUAAUAAGACGUUUGUUCCUGUGGCGUGGGCUGCUGCUUAUGGUAACAAUUUGGAGUCUCGAUUAGAGAGUAAGAACGGAGCAGCCACUCCCUACCUGCAGAUCACUGACAGCAUCAGCACGAGCCGAGCUCUCAAACAGAAGAUCAAGAAGAAGAGGAAGGGAGAGACUCGUCAGUGCCAGACUGCUGUGAUUAUCGGCCCGGACGGCCAGCCGCUGACCGUCUAUCCUUGCCACAUUUGCGGGAAGAAGUUCAAGUCACGGGGGUUUCUAAAGCGCCACAUGAAGAACCACCCGGAUCAUAUGUUCAAGAAGAAGUACCAAUGCACAGACUGUGACUUCACCACCAACAAGAAGGUGAGCUUCCACAACCACAUGGAAAGCCACAAGCUCAUCAUCAAGAACGAGAAGAUCCCCGAGUACACGGAGUACACGCGGCACUACCGGGAGGCUAGCCCCCUCAGUCCCAACAAGCUUAUCCUGCGUGACAAGGACCCCAAACUCCACAAGUGCAAAUACUGCGAAUACGAGACAGCGGAGCAGGGCCUGCUAAAUCGGCACCUGUUGGCCGUGCACAGCAAAAACUUUGCCCACGUGUGCGUGGAGUGCGCCAAGGGCUUUCGCCACCCGUCCGAGCUCAAGAAGCACAUGAGGACGCACACAGGCGAAAAGCCCUACCACUGCCAGCACUGCGAUUUCCGCUGUGCUGACCAGUCCAACCUAAAGACUCACAUAAAAAGCAAACACGGCACCGAUUUGCCCUUCAAGUGCGGCCACUGCCCGCAGGCGUUUGCCGACGACAAGGAGCUGCAGAGGCACAUGGAGAUCUUCCAGGGCCACAAGACUCACCAGUGUCCGCACUGCGAGCACAAGAGCACCAACUCCAGUGACUUGAAGCGCCACAUCAUCUCCGUGCACACCAAGGACUUCCCGCACAAGUGCGACGUGUGCGAGAAAGGCUUCCACAGGCCUUCGGAACUCAAGAAACACUCCGAGACGCACAAGGGAAACAAAGUGCACCAGUGCCGGCACUGUGACUUCAAAAUCUCGGACCCUUUCACUCUGAGCCGGCACAUCCUCUCCGUACACACCAAGGACCUGCCUUUUAAGUGCAAACGCUGCAAGCGAGGCUUCAGGCAGCAGACCGAACUCAAGAAACACAUGAAAACGCACAGUGGCCGCAAAGUCUACCAGUGCCAGUACUGUGAGUAUAACACGGCGGACGCUUCGGGUUUCAAACGCCACGUCAUUUCCAUCCACACUAAGGACUAUCCGCACAGGUGCGACUACUGCAAGAAGGGUUUCAGACGACCCUCCGAAAAGAACCAGCACAUAAUGCGGCAUCACAAAGAGACGCUGAUGUAACCCUUCACCCCACCUCUCCCUCUCUAGCUCCACCUCAUGGGCUAGAGCCCAAAUUACACUGCAGAACACAAUGAGGAAUAGGAUGGUGUAGCCUGGUAAUUACAGCAACAUUCUAAUCGUUAUUUACUCUUCAACCUGCGGGUUUUUGUAACACGUUUUCAGAUAUCCCCUCAAAAGUACAGCAGGCAGAGUUCGGUGUAUAUGUGUGAAAUUAGACGAACAGAGUCACCGUUGUCAUUUUAUCAUUGUCCAUGAAAUUAUGGCAAGAAAAACGCUGAUCAGCCAGGGUCUCAAAUGUUUAUAUUUUUGUAUCUAACAUGCUCACAUUCUGCAAGUAAAUAAUGUCCUCAAUGUUAAUUGGCUAAGUGAUGCUUAAAAUGUGCUCUCAUUUGAAAGAAAUGCCCAGGAUGACACUGAA